AAAGCCCUAUUAGACAUCUAUGUGCUUAUUAAGAGCACUAUUAACACAUUAAACUACUCUAUUAUUAGGGACAAAGAAACAAUCUACAAAAGGCUAAAGGCCUUAAAGGCAAUCCUAGAGCCCUCUAACAAGCAGCUCAAGCAGAGCGCACAAACAGCAUACAACCGCGCAAGGAAGUGGUCAUUAAAAAUAAAACAAGACUAA